CGACCUAUAAUACACCAUAUUAAGCUCAAAAAAAAAAAAAAAAACAGACAGAAUCAAAAUGGCAAUUCCUUCCGUUAUGCUAAACUUCUUGUUUCCACCACCACCCUCGUUGUUUGUCUCCACCAUGUCGGUCAUCGGCCUUACGUCGUUAUCGAGUUCAGGGUACAUGGAGAUCAAAGGCAAGCAUAUGCAAUAUUCCAAAUUCUUGAACGUAGGCGUUGUAAAGAAAGAGGAUAAUACAAAGUUAUCAAGUAGAAACGGUAUGCUUUUUUCGUAUACACCCGCGUUUCUCGUGGGCUUGGCUUCUUUACUGGUGUUUCACGAUCAAGAUCUUAGAUUCAUGUUGCUUGCUUCGGCUCUCACCGCUCAUUUCCUCAAAAGGGUACUUGAGGUACUUUUUCUUCACAAGUAUAGUGGUUCCAUGUUAUUAGAAUCGGCAAUAAUCAUCUCAUUGAUCGGAAUAAUUGGAAACUUCUACCACCAUUAUCUUCUAGCUAAUCUGAGGAAGAAUGGGGAAAAAGAGUACAAAAUCCCACAAGGAGGGAGGAGUUAUGCCACUCGGGAAUGGUAUGUAUCAAAGUUCGGAGACAAGUUCCCUAAGAAUGUUAAGGCUUUUAUUCCUUACAUUUUUUAG